CUGAUAUUGUUAAGGGGUUUUAGGGUUCUUCCGAUGGAGGAGGACGCAGAGGAGAAGGUCGUGCUAGAGUACCUGCGGCGCAAGAAGUACCGCGUCGCCGAGAUUGCGCUGCUCCAGGAGCAGCAGAAGCAGAACAGCGAUACGUCUGGCGCCAUCAGCCACAUUAUCAACCAUUCCAGAGCUGACAAUGAGGCUGGGCGGUACAAGGAGAGUUAUAGUAAGCUCCGAAACUGGGUUCACUCGUCUCUGGAUCUCUACAAGACUGAGCUACUUCGUAUACUCUAUCCGGUGUUUGUGCACUGUUACAUGGAAUUGGUGGCGAAAGGUUUCGCGCAAGAAGCACGAGAAUUCUUCCAAAGUUUUCGGGAUGACCAUCAACCGCAACAUAUAAGAGAUCUUCAGAAACUAGAGGGAGUGAUUACUCCCCAGCACCUCCAGGAAAACGAGACUGCAUGCACGCUUCAAGAGAACAAAGUACACGUCAAGAUGUGCCAGUAUUCUUUCGAGUUACUUUUGCAAUAUCUCCAGAGCACGGAAUCAAUGUUAAUGCUUGGGAUCGUCAAUUCACAUAUCAACUUGAAAGUCCUUCCUGGGCAACCAGCAGCUUUACUGGACGAUGAUGAAUCUAGCUCUCUUCCUGCAAAGGUCCAGGCAGUGGUUGAAGCGACAAAUCAAAAGGAGAUUCACUGGGGGAUUCUUGAAGGAUCCUUGGAAGAUAAGUUUGAGAAGCAAAUAGCGGCAGAGCUGGAGAAGGCUGACGCGGAUAAAGAUGCGGAAACAGACGAAGCUAAAAAACGAGCUGCCGACGGGAAAGUAAAGAAAGUGAAAAGGGACAAAGCAGGUAAAGGAUUAAAGGCCGAACCGGCUGCCAGAUCUGUCCCCCGAUUGAAGCCGGAGUUGACGAUGCCACUGCUGACUGACGACUUUGAACGGCAAGCUCUGGAUGACCUGCGUAAUAGAGUCAAGCUCGGAAGCACUGCGUUGCCAUCAGUGAGCUGUUACACAUUUGUGAACACAAACAACAGCCUGAACUGUGCUUCAAUAUCAGCAGACGGUGCUUAUCUGGCUGGAGGAUUCUCUGAUUCGGCAAUUAAGCUCUGGGACAUGGUAAAGAUGGGCGAGCCUUCAAUGUAUUCGGAUGCUGGCAAGGGCCAGUUUGAGGGUCGCAGUUCGAGCUACAUACGAUUGGUUGGACAUGCUGGCCCAGUAUAUGGUGUGGACUUUAGCCCUGAGGGUGAUUCACUGCUAUCAGCAUCAGGAGAUUGUACAAUACGCCUUUGGAGCACCAGGCUGAAUGCCAACUUAGCUUGCUACAAAGGACAUAACUAUCCCGUCUGGGAUGUUCAGUAUAGUCCAGUGGGACAUUAUUUCGCGAGCGCGUCUUACGACCGGACUGCAAGAGUGUGGUCCAUGGAUAGAUUGCAACCGCUGAGGAUAAUGGCUGGCCAUCUCUCAGACGUGGAUUGCGUGCAGUGGCAUGUCAAUUGCAAUUAUAUUGCUACAGGCUCAAGCGACAAGACUGUCAGGCUGUGGGACGUACAAACUGGAGAGUGUGUACGCAUUUUCACAGGCCACAGGUCGAUGAUCGUGUCGAUUGCCAUGUCCCCUGAUGGACUGUUCAUGGCAUCGGGUGACGAGGAUGGGGCCAUUAUGAUGUGGGAUUUGGCAUCCAGCCGCUGCGUGACUCCUCUGCUGGGUCACACCGGCUGCGUUUGGAGCCUCGCUUUCAGUGGCGAAGGGUCCAUUCUGGCUUCUGGUUCCGCUGAUAACACUGUCAGACUGUGGGAUGUGAACGGGAGCUCUAAAGUCACUGCAGACAAAACAAGGAGAUUGCGAUUGUUGAAGACACUGCCAACCAAAUCGACUCCAAUCUACACACUAAGAGUGAGUAACAAGACGCUUUUUCUUUGUAGUUACACGCUUAUUUACACCGUUAUUUUCCACUGUAGUUUUCUAGGAGGAACUUGCUGUUCGUCGCUGGCGCCUUUAGUCCCAGCAAAGGCCACUAAGUUACCUUCUCCUGGUGGAAACCAUCUUGGAAAAGGAUAACGCUGAAGGAAGCGAGAACCUCAAGCUCUGUUGUGUUUGAGAAACUUGAAAGAUGUGACCGCCAGCGCCGCGAAGAAGAGCGCCAUCC